UUCUCCUCCUUUCUUCAACUAUUCACACUGCUUCUCUCUCUCGCCGGCUAUCGAAAUAUUGUCUCGUGCUCUCACCAGAAUCUUCUUAUCUCAUCGUUGGUGCUUUGCUUCACAGGUGUAUGCUACACGUCUUUGCUGGAAAUGUAGAGUUGUGUGGACGUUUUAGAGUCAAUAGCUUGUGGGCCUGUUGAAGCUUGUGCACUUGAAAACUCAACAAUGGUUGGUAUUGGAAUGUCAAUGGAAGGUAUAGAACAGAAUCCUGUUGCCCAUGAUAUCAUGUCUGAAAUGGCAUUUCAACAUAAUAAAGUUGAUGUCAAGGAUAAAAACAGGGAUGUAAUUGUAGCAGUCCCUAAUUUGGAUCCUUUCUUUAUCUCAGUACGGCAGAAGAGUCAUUGCCACAAUUGCAAACCAGUAUCAAGAAGCACAAUCCUGAAAGAAAAUCCCGAUUCAUAUGAUCAUCCUCAUCUGUGGUAUUCAACUUCUGAAGUUUUACGUGCAUUAGAAUUUUUCAUUGCAAGUGGGGAGGAACUAUCGGGAAGCAAUCCUUCUAGGUUAGCAUUUUAGACUUUAAAAAGCUCUUACCGGAUAUAUUAGCAAUUUGUCUAAUUCUCAAAUUAUUACCUGUUAGGCAAUCUUCUGAUUUGUUUUGGUUUAUCCCCUUUUCUUGUUCAUUACUGUAUUCGCAGCUGUGACUUUGGUUGAACUGACAAGACAGGCUUUAGCAUAAUAUGCAAUGACCUGUUCAUGGAGAUAUCAUUGAAUCCUAUCAGUCAAAUGAUGUCAAUGGGGUUGUUGGACCUUGUCAAAGACAUGGACAAACUCUUAACAUGCCAUGAGGUGUUUCUUUUAGGACACCUUGGUUAGAAAGCGCAAAGCGACUUGCCCGACACAAUGAGCGGGAGAGCCUUGCGUACCAACCUAAUAGACCUCAACUUCCCAGUGGGCAGUAAUGGAAAUGCUCUGAUUAUUUCCCGUUGGCUCCAAGAGAAGUACUUGUGCAGGCCUGAUAUAAAAUUAAAUAUCCCUGAUAGUUUCCAUGUUAUGAAAUUUAAUACGAACGAGCCACAAAGUCUGCGUUAUAUUAUUGCAUGUACAGCAGUUUAACGUGACGGCUGAGGCAUUGGAUGACCUCACAAUCACAUCCCUUCAGUUUUAUCUGGAAGAACUUUGACAAGGUGCAUCUGAUCCAAUUACCCAUGUGAACAACAAAGUAUAUGAGAAUCAUAUAUAUGUAUAUGCUAAUCCAAAAACGAUAAUAAAAAACGUAAACGAAUGAGAGAGAAGAAAAGAAAAUCUCCCUCUCCAAGUAAUUUCAAUCAAGAAGUAAGGGCCUCACCCUGU